AUGUUCAAGUGGCGGUCUUACUUGAGUGGAGAGAAAGGAUGUGACGACAAAUCGGUGGCUUUUGUGAAGAGAGGUGUCCAAGCUGAGUUCAGCAGUUGCUGGUCGAAUCCCAGCUGGAGCCGAUUCGGCGAGAACUGCGUGGAUGGCUUGGUCGAUGUCUUGUAUAAUCGACAAGAGCGGCCAGUCGCGAAAGAAGCGCGCCAGGAAUUGUGGGUUAUUCCUGGCGCAGGAGAGAAGAGUUUUUUCCAAGAUGGAAAGUUGGAUGUGAGGCGACGGGUGUUCCAAGAAGUGGCCAUCGCUACACACAUGGUUUUGUCAAGCAUACAGAUGGUCGAUAACAUCUUGCGGCAAUACUCGGAUUUACAUGCCCGUAUCGUAGAAGGAAUACACCUUAGACUCACUCGGCCCUACCUGUCAUUUAUGGUUUUACUGCGAAUCCUCAACGCCGACCAUAAAAGCAACCGCAUUCCUCAGGCCUCUGGCUUUAAAUUCGCCAAAGCGCCAACAUUGAAAGCCAUCGUGCAACACACUUACUCUCACGAGAUUCGUUUCCUGAAGGAAGGGAGGAGGCGAACUACAUAG